UUUAUAACCACUUAUUCAGAGAAAUUCAGACUUUGUUUCCACUGUUCUGUUUGUGAGUUUCCAAUGAAGCAGCUUUUUCAGUCUGCAACUCUUCUCUCCAGCUUCCUCUCGUCUCUCUCUUUCUCCUUUUAGCCUUCUUUCAGGUUUUUUUUCACAUUUCCAAUUUGGGAAAAUUCAUUAUUUUAUUACAACACUUGUUCAAUUUGCCUGCAAUUUUUUAUUUUUUUUUGGUGGGUGGGUGGGUGGGUUAAUCAGAUAUCAGUUUGUUUUGAUUGUACCUCUUCCCUUUUGAUUACCACAAGUUCAUACAGAUGUUUUGAAAAGAAAAAAAAAAAGAAAAAAUAAGUGGCUUCCUUUUAAGAUUCGUCAAUUGAGAGGUGGCUCAGGUGGGUGUUCAUUUUGAAGAAGAAAAAGGUAUUCCGAUUCUGAUUCCGAUUCCGAUUCCGAAUGCUCCUUCAUUUAGCACUCAUUUUCCCAUUCUGAGGCUUCCACCUAUCUCUCUGCACUUCUUUCUCUCUCUGUUUUGCGAUGUUCGAGAAACCAAUUUUUAUGUGAUUUUAAGCUCUGUAAUUGAUGAGGUGGGGUAUGGAGAUUCUAUCGCCAUCUUCGUAUUUCACCAGCUCAAGUUGGCUUCCCGAUGAGAGCAGAAGAAGCACCGCAGCAAAGUGGACGCCGGCGGAGAACAAGGCCUUCGAGAAUGCACUCGCGGUGUUCGACGAAAGUACACCGGAUCGAUGGCAGAGAGUUGCCGAGAUGGUCCCCGGGAAAACCGUCCGUGACGUCAUCAGGCAGUACAAGGAGCUCGAGGAUGACGUCAGCAGCAUCGAGGCAGGGCUGAUCCCUGUUCCCGGCUACGCCGCCGCCACAUCUCUACCCCCACCACCACCACCGCCGCCGCCAUCAUCGUCGUCGUCGCCUUUUACGCUUGAAUGGGGGAGUGCCCACACAGGCUUCGAGGGUUUCAGGCAAUCUUAUGUCAUCGCCGGCGGCGGCGGAAGGAAGUCUUCUUCCGCCAGACCUUCCGAACAAGAACGGAAAAAGGGUGUCCCCUGGACCGAAGAAGAACACAAGUUGUUUCUCUUGGGGCUGAAGAAGUACGGAAAGGGCGACUGGAGAAAUAUAUCGCGCAAUUUCGUGAUCAGUCGGACGCCGACGCAGGUCGCCAGCCAUGCGCAGAAGUAUUUCAUAAGGCAACUCUCCGGUGGGAAAGAUAAGAGGAGAGCAAGCAUUCACGACAUAACAACAGUACACCUCAACGAUGAUCCGGCUUCUUCCCCGGAGAACAAAACGGUUCCCUCGCCGGAGCAGUCGAAUUCCGGCCGGAAUAUUCCGUUUCAGACCAACAACGGGACAAUCAUGGGCGGGUAUAGCUCUCCAUGUCUUGAGAAUGUAUUCUCGUCUCCACCGAAUUACGGUAUGAACUCUUAUGGGCUUAAAACGUACGACGAGCAUGAAUCUUACAUGGAAUCGCACAACAUGGUGUUCCAGAUGCAAUCGGGGUCACACUAUCCUAAUUAUUAAUGCAUGGAAUGACGGAACGCGAUUCGUCACGCAUCAAUUUGUUCCUUGAUCGAAAAAAAGAGCUUGUUUGUGCUUUUUUUUUAUUAUUAUUAUUAAUCUCAAAUUGUCUUUAGUUAAUUUGGCUUAAUAUUAGUUUUGUUUGUGCUUUUCUUGAUUUUUUUUUUUUUUUUUUGUGAAUAUGUUGAUUGGUAUUUGAGGUAGAGGCUAUAAUAUGAUGUUAGCAAGUGAAAAUUAGAGAUGAGAUACUCCUUGUAUUUUGAAAAGAUAAUAAGUAAAACCACACGAGGAAUUCUCUUAGUCUAUAUAUAUAUGGCUACCUUUUUUUCUUUU